AUGAGCCCAAACGCUCCACCGCAAUCCCUUUCUGCAGCGAGUGCUUCAGUGGCACCACAGCUUCAGCACUUCGACGAGCCGUCAUCAGAAAAUGUGGUACGUAUGAGGAUGCAGCAGAUGUUGAAAAUUCAAGCGCCAGCCGAAGUUCUGAGAUUGCUUCAAUCAUCAGCUGCAGUAGUGGCAGACGCUAAGACCAUCAAGGACGUGCAGAGCAAUGUUCGUUUGGUGGCUCAGGAGCUUGAAGCAAGAACAGAACGAUUGGCAUCGUGCUUGUCGGGAAUUACCGGGGACCUAGAUGGGGUGAAACAUCAAUCAGAGCGUCAGGUCACCUUUGAGUCUACGAUGGAGACUCGGUUGGGUGUCCUUGAGAAUCAGAUUAUUCAGUUGCAAGCUCAGGCUACAUCAGCGGACGCGCUGAAAGAUGAAGUGGUUUCGAUGAAAGCUACAUUGUCAAGGUUUGAGCGACAGCAACCCGAGAUACAACAAAGCGCGCAAUUCAAGAGUGAGACCCGCAUUCAGCGCAGAAUCGAUGAGAUGGAUGAGUUGUUGAAACAUUAUUUCGAACGUGUGGAUGGAAAUGAGAAACUCUGUGAGAAGCUUAGACAGCGGUCGGAGGAUCUCACCAGCCGUUUUGAAACCUUGCAGACUCACGUUGAUGUGGGGUUUAGUUCGGAAUCCAGAGCUUCAUCACGUCGUCCUCAAUUUCAGAUGCCCCAGCAGAUUGCAGAGGAGGUGUCCAAUGAGAGGUUUGAGGAGGAGGCGAAGGCUCAGGAGAUCAUCGAAACACCAAGGCAUCGCACAACGUCAGGUGUCCAGAUGUUCCAGAUGACUCCCCAGCGUGACGGAGCCGAUGAUUCAUGGAAGAAGGAUGCUGUUGAUGAGUGGCUGGAACAAGUAGAGGAACCUCAGGUUGUGCAGUCAGUUCCUGCGGAGCCUCCAGGUCUAGGAAGUUCUGGUGCUAAGAUUCCAGCGGGACAAUGGAAAUUGAUCAAAGAUUUUCCCAAACUCACAAUUCCUCAUGGAACUGCUUGCUACACUCAGGAGGUGGAGACUGGCCAAGCAACACAUGAAAGGGUUUCAAACAAAGGGAAGGAGGCCAAAGGCAAGAGCGGCAAAGCUAAGGCGAAGGCUGAAAAAAAGGCGGCCAAAGCGGCAGCAAAAGCAGCAGCAUCAGCUAAGGGUGAUACGCCAGAGUGGUCGGAAGUAGAGCGUGGCGAUUUCUCCAGUGCAGAGCCUUCUUCAGAGGAAGAGUUUCAGGCUGAUGAAGAUCAGCACCGGCAGGUGCAACCACUUCGUCUAUGGGUGUUAAACCUGACGAUUGAAGAUUUCAUCAUGUGGACGAGACCUGGUCACAUUCAGUCACAUGCCACUUCCGAGUUCCAGAUGGAAACCAAUCCAAACUCCAUUAUGUGGCCUGUUUGGUGGACGAUUGAACAGGAUUAUCUUGAUGACAACGAACAGGGAGUGAUCCCUGUGACGGAAGAUGUGGUGAUGUUGAGGUGCGAUGUGACACGAGUGUUGUUUGAGGAUGGCAUCAUUCGGAAUGUCUUUGUGGUGUGGCUCCUCGGGGAGGAGACUGGAAGAGAGCGCAGGGUUGCAGUGCUGAGCCAAUCACCGCUAGCAGACUUGAGUGUGUUGAUCAACCAGUUGGAAGUGCAGUGGCCAACAGUUGCACGCGCAGCUACAGAGACAGCUCUUGAGUGGAAGAGUUGCCAAACAUGUUCCAUCGAGGAGUUGAGCGAGGCUGUGUGGAAUGAAGAGGCAUACCGCAUGACAGCCGAAGAGAGCGAGGAGAUCGCAAAGGCAAUUUGGGAGUCAGAGUCUAGAGCUAGAGAGCUUUUGAGUCGUGACAGUAUAUCGCAUGAGGAUGUGUGGCGACUUAUCCGGGAGGCACACUUGAAAGGUCAAAGAACGCAUAGGCAGGAUAUGUUGGUGAAUCCAGAUCAAGACCGAGUACAAAUCUGGAUAUUCGGAAUGUUUUGCCACGGGGGAGUUACAGGGAUCACCACUGUUACCCGCGAACGACCUUUCUUGACAAGGUUACUGGUCAGAUUCAUUAGACAGGAGUUGCCGACUUUGACGCUUACCACGAUCUCACUGGCAAUCGAUGCUACCCUGCGUCCGCACAGAGACCUUACGAACGCUGUGGGGUCAGUGGCGGGAAUCGUGGGAAUUUCCAAAUUUGAGGGUGGCAAGCUGUGGAUUGAAGAUUCAGCUGGCACGGCCAGGAGACGUGUAUCGCAGGAUGAAGUCAAAACUGGAAUGCUGCUAGACGUGUGCCAAAAGGCACACAUCUUUGACCCAAGACGUUGGCACGGAGCUGAUCAACAUCGGGGUGUUCGAUCAACGGUGGUCGGUUACACGGCUAGGCAGCUGCAGCGUCUUGAUCAGGAUAUGACAGACAGGUUGAGACGAUUGGGUUUCAACUUACCAGAGAUUUCAUCCAAGGCCGCAGUUGCAGUCGCGAGCCAGGGCAAGGCCAUAGCGCAUCCAGCAGUCAGUGAGGUUUCAGAUCAUGGAGCCCAGGAGAACAGCAGAACGCAUCCAGAUGAUUUUGAUGAUGAGGAUGAGGGUGAGGGCUGUUCGGGAUAUGAAGGGUUUGUUUCCUCCGGUAUGUCGGGUCGCUGUGAGCAUUGUGGAGUAUCGCUAGUCCGGGCCUUAGACUCAUCCGUGCAGCCAUGGAGCGUCCGAAGCGCUGAAGCUGUGAACCCUGUAUCAAGCUUUGAUGAAGUCUCGCAACAGAGGGCGAUUGAGCUACUCAGGAGGAAGUGUGCACAAGGGUUGUACGAGCGUCAUUGUCCCAGCUGUGCUGAGGCCCACGGUCAUAAGCGCAAGUGCAGGCGAUUGACUCCGGAAGAGAUCGGUGAGGGCACUUUGUCCAUGGACCUGUCAGGUCCCCAUCCGGCCGCAUUUUCAGGACAUCGCUACUUCAUGGUUGCAAACUUGAGCAGAAAGGACGGUGUUGACAUUCAAACAAACUGA